CGCCUGCCGCUAACACAGCGGGCAUAAAAUACCGCGAGAAGAGAUUCGAGCCGCCUUUGAAAAAAUGGCGGACGAGGUUGAUCAGCAACAAACUACUAAUACAGUAGAAGAACCUUUGGAUCUCAUCAGACUUAGUCUUGAUGAACGAAUUUAUGUGAAAAUGAGAAAUGACCGAGAACUUCGAGGCAGAUUACAUGCUUACGACCAGCAUUUAAAUAUGAUUUUGGGUGAUGUUGAAGAAACUGUGACAACAAUAGAGAUUGAUGAAGAAACGUAUGAGGAAAUCUACAAAUCCACCAAGAGAAAUAUCCCUAUGCUGUUUGUCAGAGGAGAUGGAGUCGUACUUGUCGCUCCUCCACUGAGGGUUGGCUGAUACUAUGAAAAUGGAUUAUUUGGACCUCAACUUACUGGUUUCUUCUCCUCUUAAAUAUAAAGACUCUGCACGUAAUUUUACACAGAUCUUUACAACCUAGACUGUGUAUUGUGAAUUCAUGACUUGAUUUGGGAAAUAAAUGUUAUAAAACGUAUUACCUGGAAUAAUAUAAGUAACAUUCCCUUCUGCAUCAGAUUGGUGUAUUCAGCAUUUUAGUUAAUGUCUGUGGGCACUGCUCUCCUAUUUUUUUAAAAUAAAUUUCAUUUACUUA